UGCCAAGAUAUACUGAUGAUAUAUGCCCCCCAGCUCCUCGUGGCUCUGCUUUUCCAAGUAUUCAUGAGCACAGAGCAGAUGCCAGAGGAGGUCAAGACCUUCUGGAGCCAAUGCCAGUGGCAACAUGACCUUCCCAACAACCCCAACAGAUUUGCUGUACAGACCAUCAAGGCCCUGCUCUGCUGUCUACACUGGGAGAACGAGGUGGUGGCCAUGGAACGCAAGCGUGGCUGGGACACCCUGCUCCAUGCUGACACCCACCACUAUGCAGUGGGGCUGCUGGCCAGGGAGAUGCGCAAUGUCUUGAUCCCCUUAUUUUCUGACAUUGCAACCCACGUGCUUGGACUGCUCAGCAGGGAGGAGCCCCGCUGGGAGCUCCCUGCGCUUGCCUUCCUUGUUGAGCUCCUCGACUAUCUGGAUGGGAGAAAAUGUCAUGAGAGUGUCCUGCCUAUCCUAGCAAGGCACCUGCACAGCCAGUGCCCUGAGAGCCGACGCCUGGCACUCAGAGGCCUCCUUGUGCUCAGUGUGGAUCCCUCAAUGGCCGACAGCAUCUGCACCCUUUCUGAGCACCUCGUGGAGCUGCUUCAUGAUGGAGAUGGAGAUGUGGUCGGGAUGGCCCUAUCUGUGUUCCUGAAUAUUCUCCAGGACAAGGACAUUGAAGAAUUCAGCUCCACUGCCCUGAAGCUGGCUGAGGCACUCCGGCCACUCUUUGAUAACGACAAUACCCAUGUGCAGCUGCUCUCCAUUCACCUCUUCAGAGAGGUGAUGGAGUGGCUUGCAGAAGAUGGAAGAAAGACCUUGAAUAUGCAGGUGCACCAGAGCCUGGUCCCCCUGUUCUUCCAUUUGCACGAGGAGAACCAGUGCGUGGCAGAGGCCUCUCGGGGUACACUGCUUUGUGCAGCAAGUUUCCUCAAGAGGAGGGAUCUCGAGCAGCUGCUCAGGAGACAGCAGCCAUUGAAGUUUGUCGAUUGCCUGAUGGACAAGGAUGCGAGCAGAAGGGCUGAACACCUGCGCCAGGCCCUGCCAUACCUGCAGAGCCGACAGCAGCCCCUGCGAGAGGCGGCCAUCCGGUUCAUGG